AUGGGCGCAGCAAUGGCGAUGAAGAGAAUCCCACGCAUCAAAUUUCCUCAACGGCAUCUUAAAUCCUCUGGUGCUACACGCCAUGUUGAUGAAAAAUCCGCAAAUAAUGACAUUCAUAAGAAUGAAGAUCUUGUUAAAAAGUUCUUCUCGAGGGCCCCAUCCAGCUUGUCAGUCGGGGGAAAGGCUUCUGAUCAGCCCAAAAGAACGCCAGUAUCUCAAGAAGAGAUUGAAGCCAUCAUGUUGGGUGGCUGUAUCUGA